AUGGCGAAGAGAACGAAGAAAGUCGGUAUCACCGGGAAAUACGGUACGCGUUACGGCGCCUCCCUCCGUAAGGUUAUUAAGAAGCAAGAAAUCUCGCAACACUCGAAGUAUUUCUGCGACUUCUGCGGUAAAUAUGCGGUCAAGCGUCAAGCUGUCGGAAUUUGGGGGUGCAGCGGAUGCCACAAGGUAAAAGCUGGCGGCGCGUACGCGUUGAACACUUCCGGUGCCGUCACCGUGAGAUCCACCAUUAGACGUCUCCGCGAAGCUGUCGAGAAGUAA